AGCAACCCUCUGCCCAAAAUAAUUGCCCGCCCCUGCUGUAAAUAGUUCCCUUUAAAUGCCCACUUCCCCUUUCAGGUUACCUUCCUUAAACAGAGCCUCUUUCCCCAUUCUCCACAGAGAGAGGCCCCAUAUGACCUUUCCUCGGUCCUAACACUUCUGCCCAGGCUGGAGACACCUCGGGCAAAGCGCUGUGUGGACAGAUGUCUAACUUUACUCCCAAGCGCAAGGCAUGUGGUGGGGCCGCGGAGCUGCCGCAGCGGGUGAGGGGCCAGGAGUUUCAGCCUUCUGCCCUUCAGCAGGCUCCUCUUGACCCUCCUAAGCUGCAGACGACGAGCUUGGGGGGAUUUCCCAUCUCCUCCCUCUUAUCUGGCAGGGGCUGGCUGGGUGGGUGCCGCAUGCCCCUCCUCUAGCGAGAGCAAACUACCAGGGCGCGGCGGCUCCAGUCCCCUCCCUGCGGCGGGAGCGGGUGGAGGUGGCCGUGGCCGUGGCCGUGGCCGGGGGGGGCGCUCCGUCCGGGCUGCAGGGGGGACAGCUGCGCUGCCAGGCUCGCCCCUGCCCGGCCCCUUCGCCUGCGGGGACGAGGCUGUCACGAGCAGACAUGCUGCGCGGGCCGCUCCCGCUCGCGCUCCUGGCUUGCUCCGCGCUGCUGCUUCGCUGCUCUGGGGCCGAGGCCGGCGCGGCUCUGAGCCGGGACCCGGCGCCCUCCCUGCAGAAUAAAGGAAUAUUUAUUAUCCAAAGUGAAGACUACAACCUUUGCAUUAAAGCAGAUACAUCCAGACUUAUUCUUGAAGACUGCAAUCAACAUUCCAACUAUAUGUUGUGGAAAUGGGUCUCUAAUCGUCAUCUUUACAACAUAGGCACAAGCACUUGCCUAGGACUCAACAUCAGUAAGCAAGAGCAACCAUUAAGUAUGUUUGAAUGUGAUUCUACUCAGCAUUCAUUAUGGUGGAACUGUAAUGGAAAGGUGGUGGUUGGUGCAUCACAGUACCAUUUAUCUGCUGAAAAUGGCAAUCAUAUUGUGGCAAAAAGAAUGUCUAACCAUAAGUGGAAGCCGUACAUGUCCAAUGAUGAAGAUAUCUGUGAGCGUCUGUUUGAAGAAACAUAUACCCUGAUGGGAAAUUCUCUUGGUCUUCCUUGCAUUUUUCCAUUUCAGUACAACAAGAAGUGGUAUUAUGAAUGUACCAGGGAUGGAAGGGAAUUUCACUGGUGUGCCACCACAAGUCGGUAUGAACGAGAUGAAAAAUGGGGGUUUUGCGCAAAUUCUGAGACUGGCUGUGACACUUUUUGGCAGAAGAACCUUGACACACACAUUUGUUACCAGUUCAAUAUUUUUUCUAUUCUUCCUUGGAAUGAGGCACGUGCUGCAUGUCAGGCACAAGGAGGAGAUUUGCUAAGCAUCACAGACAUGGAAGAACAGAAGUACAUAAGUGACCAAAGUGAGAAGUUAAACAUUACUGAAAUUAUGCUAUGGACAGGCCUGAAUCAACUGGAUGCAGCUGCCGGCUGGCAGUGGUCAGAUGGAGCACCAUUGGCAUUUGUGAACUGGAGACCAAGCUCUGCUGAGGAUUCGCUUAAAGAAAAUCACUGUGUGGCGCUUAAUCCACAGAUGCAAUAUAGCUGGCAAAGUAAAAUAUGUGAAUCUUUAUUUCCUUUUAUAUGCAAAAAAUAUUUAAAUAGUACAGAGCAUAAAACAUUUGAAGAUUCAUGGAAGUAUUAUCCUACCCGCUGUGACACUGAUUGGUAUCCUUAUAACCGCAACUGCUAUAAACUUCAUAAAGAGGAAAAGAAUUGGAGUGAUGCAGUACUCUCUUGCCAAAAUGAUAAUAGCAAGCUCAUUAGAAUAACUUCCUUGGCAGAUGUUGAGUUACUUGUUAACCUUCUUGAAAUUGAAAAUGUAACUGAAAUAUGGAUUGGCCUGAGCAGCAACAAAACCCCAGUUGUUUUUGAAUGGUCUGAUGGCUCCUUGGUAACCUUCACUACAUGGCACCAACAAGAACCUAAUAUUUUUCAAAGAACAGCUCCAUUUUGUGUUUCAGCACAAGAAAUUGAUGGACACUGGAAAAUUAAAAAUUGUGAAGACAGAUUAUUUUACUUAUGUCAAAAAGCCGGCAAGUUUGAAAAUGUCACUUCUGAGAAGGAAUCGGGGUGUCUAGAGGGAUGGGAAAGACAUGGUGGAUUUUGUUAUAAAAUCGACAAUACCCCACGAAGUUUUGAACAUGCUUCCAGUGGUUAUUACUGCCCGCCUACACUUCUAACAGUAAAAAACAGGUUUGAACAAGCUUUUAUCAACAGUAUAAUCUAUGGAAUGGUGAAAACUGAGGAAACUUAUUUUUGGAUAGGACUACAAGACCUUAACAAUACUGGAGAAUACUCUUGGCUAAUGACAGAUGGAAAGUAUCAGCCUGUGAGCUAUACAAACUGGAACAAGUAUCAGCCACGCCAUUCUGGACAGUGUGUUGUUAUUCGAGGAGGGCAGUCUCUUGGAUUUUGGGAUGUGAAAAGUUGCAAAAGCUUCAAAGCUAUGGCAUUGUGUAAGCAGAAAAUCAAAUCAUAUGAAGAAACUGAGCCUAAGUAUGGAAGGCCUGUCACUUCUUGUUACUUUGGAUGGGAAUCAAAUUCUAAUCUGCUCAACUGCUACAAGAUAUUUCACAGUGAAAAAGUCCUGAAGAAAAGAACAUGGGGUGAAGCAGAAGCAUUAUGCCAAGAUUUUGGAGCACACCUUGCCAGCUUUACCCAUGUCUACGAAGAGGAAUUUUUGAAUAAUUUUUUAAGCAUGAUAUUUGAUCGGGCUGAAGAAAGACAGUUCUGGAUUGGAUUUAAUAAAAGAAAUCCGAUGUCUGGAGGAUCAUGGCAGUGGUCUGAUGGAACUCCUGUUGUAUCUGCAUUUUUGGAGAACAAAUAUUUUGAGGAUGAUUCAAGAAAUUGUGCUGCAUACAAAGCAAAUAAAACAGUUUUGCCAAUAAAUUGCAAUGAACAGCGUGAAUGGAUAUGCAAAAUACCAAAAGGCAUUAAACCAAAGAGUGCAGAGUGGUACAUACAUGAACCAUCAUGGUUUUAUUAUCAAGGAGCAGAAUACCUUUUUCAUGAAAGUCCCUCAGAAUGGGCCACUUUUCAGUUCGUCUGUGGGUGGCUUCGUAGUGGAAUAGUGUCAAUACAUUCCUCUGAAGAACAAGAUUUUAUUCAUCAGAAAAUUAAAAAGCUGUCAAGUAGUGAUGAUGCUCAUUGGUGGAUUGGACUAGGCUCAGAAACUCCUAGUGAUACAUUUCGCUGGAAAGAUGGGUUACCAGUAACAUAUCAGAACUGGAACAAAUUGAGAGACGGAUCUGUGCAUGCACAAGAAGGAAGAUGUGUCUUCAUGUCAUCACAAACAGGACUCUGGGGGUAUGAAAACUGUACUGUAUCUCUUCCUUGUAUUUGUAAGCGUAAAACUAUAUGGAAAAUAGAAAGAGAAAUUCCAAAAGAUCAGAACCAGCAAGGAACAUGUCCCAAAGGUUGGAUGCACUUUGGAACCAAGUGUUUUUUAAUACAAAUUCCAAAGGAUCCAAGUCAGCUCAGAAGCUGGUAUUCUGCCCAAGAAUUCUGCAGUAAAUCUGAUGGCUCACUCGCUUCUAUUGAAAAUGAAAUGGAACAAGCUUUUAUAACAAUGAAUCUGUUUGGACAUAAGACUAAUGUUUGGAUAGGUCUGCAAGGUGAUGAUUAUACAAAAAUGGUGACUAAAAAAUCUGAAGCGUACUCCAAUUGGUCUCCAGUUGAAGUAAUACAUGGCCAUAAUUUUAAGAUAUCUAAUAUCCAAGAAGAUGAAUUGUGUACUUUGGUAUCAAAUAACCCUAAUUUUUAUUUCACGGGAAAAUGGUACUUAGACAGUUGUGAGAAAACUAAUGGUUUUAUCUGUCAGAAGCCUCAAGAUAAAUCCAGACGUUCUAUAAAUGGAUCUGAGAUGUAUCCAGUACCUGGCACUUUAGAAUAUGGAAACAAAACAUACAUACUAAUAUAUGAGAAUUUGACUUGGUAUGAUGCUUUAAAAUCUUGCACGGCAAAAGGAGCUGAAUUGGUCAGCAUUACAGAUCAUUAUCACCAAGCCUUCCUCAGUGUCGUUAUAAACCGACUAGGUUAUCCCCACUGGAUUGGACUAUUUACCUCAGAUAGUGGACUUAACUUUAAAUGGUCAGAUGGUACUAAGUCUUUGUUUUCCUUCUGGCGAGAGGAGGAGUCCCAGUCUUUUGGCAGCUGUGUUUUUGUUGAUAUUAAUGGGCACUGGGAAAGUGCUAACUGUGAAAGACGUCUACAAGGAGCUAUUUGUCAUGUGCCAAAUAAAAAGAAAAUAAUUGAACACAAAGGCCUUUGUUCAGAAAAAACUGUCCCCUGGUUAAAAUUUAAAAACAAUUGCUAUAGCUUUUCCACGGUUUUCAAGAGUACAAGUUUUGAUACAGCUUAUGAAUCCUGUAAAAAGCAAGGAUCAAACCUUUUAACUAUUAAAGAUGAAGAAGAAAAUGCCUUUCUUCUAGAGGAACUGCACACUUACGGUUCUUCUGUCCAAAUGAUUUGGUUAAACAUUCUCUUUGUAAAAGACAAUGACACGGUUGAAUGGUUUGAUGGUUCUCCCCUAAAUUAUUCAAACUGGGGCAUCAGGGAGCCUGAACUGAGUCAUCUCAAAGGGAAUUUUUGCAUUGCUUUGAGGACCAGAGAUGGAGUAUGGCAGUUAUCUUCCUGCAAAGAGAAUAAGGGAUUUGUAUGUAAAAUGGAUACAGAUGUUGAUGAAACAGAGCAAACUGUGAAACCAUCAUACCGUGGAACUGUAGCUCUCGUCGUAAUAAUGAUACUGGUGAUGGUGGCUGCUGUUCUAUUUGUAUUGUACAAAAAGAAAAAUAGUCUCUUCAGUAGAAUAUUGUGGGCCAGAAAUGCCUAUUAUUUCCAAAAUAUAUCGGAAGGUCCUACUUUGGAAGAAAGCAUCCUCAUUUCUGAUCUUGAGAAAAAUAAUGAUUAUUAAUUGUUCCAGAAGGAACAUAUCAAUUGAACUGAAUGCUGAUGAUACAAAGGAGCUCUACAGUUUAGUUCAUUUUAUGAACUGGUUGCCACUGAGGACCAGAUCACCCUCUCCAUCUUUUUUGCAAGGGACAAGCUAAAGAGUGGAAAAUUCCCACUUAAAUUGCCAACAGCAGUCAAAAGGAGGGGAGCUGGAGCCAAAACAGCAACAUGUUACCCUUUUUCUGCCCCCAUGGAAGCUUCUUGUUGUGAAUUCUGUGCAGAACUUCUGCAAAUGGGACAAGAAUGGGACAGAGGCUGUGAAACCUCAGAACAUCCACUCUAUGCAAAUUCA